AUGCCUAAAAUAUUCAAGGAAUCAACAUUGUGGCAGCGGGCUCGCGACCAAAGAUCCUGCAAGAAAGCUUGUGGAACCGACUCGGUUCGGACACGAGUGGGAAUAGCGGGCGGUAGGAACGCAACAGCAGCUCCCGGUCAAACUCGUCGCGGCUUUGUGGAGGCGGCUCAGGCGCAGCAACUCAGGAGGGAGAGCUGGUGGACUCGGAGGGACAGCGAGCAGGCCGGUGUCGAGUCAGCGAGGGUGCUCGGCGCGGCUCAUCCUGGGCCCGGGAGUGGCGAUGGGUCGUCGGCGUCGGGUCGUGGCAGGAGGACUAGCAGCAGGUCGGACGGAGGGGCGGCAGCAGUGGCGCUCGCGGCUUCGAGCUGGGCAACGGCAGCAGCAGUGGCGCGGAGCUGCGGCGUCGGUGAUGCUCGGGGUUGCAGCGGAGGUGCGGCGACGGGCGGGCAGAGGCGCGGCGACGAGCGGGCGUCGGUGAUGCUCGGAGUUGCAGCAGCGGCGGCGGCGUUCGGAAGCGCGGCGACGGGCGUGGCUGGGUAA